AUGGCAGUGAAAAGAAUGAGAGAGGAAACUCCUUGAUGAUAACUUAGAUUACGAAGGAUUCCUAUAAAGUCGUCAUAAGCUAAAGUACGUGACUUUCUGUAAUUAUAUAGAUAAUUGAAAGACCGUCUGAGUAGGCGGAAAAUUGCAAAUGUAGCGUUUAUGGUGUGGGCAUAUUGUAUGCGAGAUCUGAUCAUGUGUGAGUGUGGAGAUUGAUAGAGCCAUAGGACAUAGGAUAAGUGUCACCUGAAUCUAAACAGAUUAGGAGUUGGAGUUACAGAUUGUCACACUACCACCGCGCCUAGGUGUCUUCUGAACAGAGCAUGGACAACAGAGAUAGUUUUGAUGGCUUUGAGGGUCUACCCUUAGAGCUGUGGGCUCAGCAGCUACAGGCAGAUCAUAUACCUUCUACACACUCGGGCCUUCCUGCUUCAUUGUAUCAGGGUCAUGGUGUGCCAGCUGCAGCUAGAGAUUUUCCCCCGCAAUCGCUCCCACCUGUGUUUACUACUGGUGCAGCAGUGAGCAGUUAUGGCCUGCCCCAGCAAGUCUUGUCAGUCCAUCAACAGAGCAGCCUCCUGACUGUGCCAAAGACUCAGAAUGACUUAAAUGCUCUCACGUCCCCCCACAACGUCUCAGGGGAUCGAUCUGCGUGGUCGCACCUGUUUUCCCUGGACCCUUCCUUGGCAGCCAUGAGCACUCUGGAUAAUCCUUCUUCUCUGAGACAGCCUCAUAGGUACGGCCCCCUUGAGAUGCACUCUGCUUCUAAACCCCAGCAAGACAGCCUGUCUGCAGUGUUGGGCCGAGGAGCUGGCAGUCAACCCGCGAUACCUAGUAUCAGUCUUCCAGGAGGUCAGUUCUCACCAACGUCCAGUACCUAUUCCACAAACGUUCGGAGUGAAUAUCCACAUUUCACACACCCUGACCACCUUGUCGCAGACAGGAUGAAUCCUCUGCAGCUGAAUCAGUUCAUGGAUUUAUCAAAGACAAGUUUGAAGUCUGACAGCUCGGCUGGUCUCCAAACUCUGACUGUCGACACGAAUGUACCUUUAAUGCAGCCAUCCAGUUAUUCACCAGUCUCACCUCCUGCAUCAGAGUCUCAUCUGGCAUCCCAACAAAAUUCCAGUCAUGCUCCAGGUCGAGUUGCUGAGCUCUUGUUGAAGACUCCUCUCCACACACCCAUGAGGUCUCUACCCACACAGCAGCCCACCUCCUCCUUCCCUAGUGAAAUUUCCGCAAAUAGCAUGGGACUUGGAGUUGGGAAGCAAAGCUCAACCAUUUCAAUUUCUACUCCUAACGUUCUCAAUUUAAGUAGCCAGCCUCUUCCAGGUUCAUCAGCUACCAUGCUGAGCCCUUCCGAUGUACCCAUAGACAUGACAACACCGCUUAAUUCCAGGACUGCUGCAAGUGGCAGCCAAGAGAAAGAUACUGUUGUUAAGCAAGAGUCUGAAAUGGAUAGAAAUGGCGUUUUUGCAGACAUUAAAGGUAGCGGGGAACGCCUUCCAUUAUUGCAGAGCUUAUUGACAAAGUCCGCUCCAGGUUUUGAGAGCAGUAAGUCACACAGUACUAGUGAUAGUUCUGUGGGGACAUCAGAAACGAAGGUACCACCUCCUCUGACUACCCCCAUUGUGGGAAUGGUUGGCAAGCCCCCUAAAAGCACUCCUAAAAAAUCUAAUUUUUAUGGAAGAGAUGCUUCCCUAUUCUCAUUUUCUACUGAGUCUGUUUCAGCAGAGCCAGUAGAAAUGGCAUCAAAUCCCCCUGUGACUGCUGGGCUUGAAACAGCCGCGGAGUGUAAGACUGUAGCCUCUGUUGCUCCUGCCAGGGUUUCUGAGGCCGUGUCUGACGGGUUUGACAGUGUGAAAAGUGGUCUUGAGCAUACAUUUCCUGAAGAGGUCCAAGCUAGGAGUAGUGAACUUGAUCUCAAAACAGAUGGAGAUGACUUGAGCUUUGGCUCUGCUAAUGAUGAGUUGUUUAUUGGAGACAAGUCUUCCGAGUUGUGCUCUGGUGCUGAACACAGCGCAGAUUCCUUCAUAGAAGCUUGUACAGCUAAAGAAGACCCGCAAUUAGGUCUUGAAAGUGCACAGCCCAUUAUUAAUGAUGUGUUGAAUCCUGUCGCAAAAGUUGGUAGUGAUGAUGUGAAAGUGGAGGAUUUAGUUGGAAAUGACGAAAAACCUGUGGACUUGCAUAAUGAAGGUGUUGUGAUAAAAACUGAAGACACACAAGGUUCAUCUGAGAACAAAACUGAUGAAGAAUCGACAGCAAUGCUGCCCAUACAGAAUGAUGUGAGUGAAGUUUUGUUGAAACCUGUGGUUGUCUCAGUUAGAGGUAGAAGGGGCAGAAAGAGAAGAGGUGCCGGACAAACUGGUGCACCUCGUAGGAGAGGUGGUAGAAGGGGUGGAGCUACAGGAGGAGUAAGGCAAGCAUACAUUGCAGCCAUCAAUGCUAAUGGACCAGCUGGGGGUGCAGAAACAGAAUCAGCGCUUGAGGCAUCUAUGAACACCAUGGAUCUCGUCCCUCACAAUGAAUCUGCUGAAAUACCAGGACCUCAAAAACGAUCACCUGGUAGAGGAAAGGCAGACGUUGCCCCAAGAAGGUGCUCCAAUAGAAAGUCCAAGGAUAACGCUAUGCGACUCAUCGAACUGCAAGCAGACACCGGUUAUCAGGGUGUCUCGCAAGUUCAAGAGGACCCCGCUCCACCUGUUGCACCAGCUGAAGUCAGUCGCAGAGGCCGCAAAAGAAAACAACAGUCGUAUGCUGAGGACUUGAGUGAUAAAAGUCUUGAAGCAGAAGGCAUCAGUGAGGACGAUGACUCAACUGAGGAUGAAAAAAGUGAUGCAAAAGAUGCUGAUUACUUUGUUGAUGAGGAGGAAGCAGCAGUUAUGGAAAAUGAGGAAGUUAUGGAUGCUCAAGUCAGUCUUAAAAAGCAGAUAAAAGAAAAGAGAAGUGGGGGGCUGAAAAUUUCUAUCAAACUGGGCUCGGAUUCUAAAGCACAAAUAGUCUCUGGUAUUACAGAUGAUCCUGCUCCCAGAAAAAGGAAAAAGAAACUCGAGAAAGUAAAAGGUUCUAAAAAGGCACCAAAAAAUCAGAAAAAGAAAAAAGGUGGCAAGAAAGUAAAGGUUGCGCCAAGCACAGAAGGUUCUUCGCUGAAGAAUGAAGCUACUGCAGGUCUGGAGUUGAAGGACAUUGAGGACAAAGAUGAGCCUAUUGAAGAAACAGAAGAUACAGAUCAAGCAGAUGCCAAACCUUUGUCCUUAAUGGAGAAAUACUUUUCUACUGCUAGUUCUGCCUCUGCAGCUAAAUUAGCCCAAAAGAAUGCAUUCCCAGGAAAAAAGGCAAAGGUAAAACAAAAUGUUAAAAAGAGUAAGAUGAAUGCUCUGAAAACUGCGGGUAUGAGCAAGCAAUUAGUUGUGAGUCUGAAUAGUGACACAGUGAAAAGGGAACUGAAGCAGAAGGCAAACAUGAAAAAUAAAGACAGUGUCAAAGUAGUGAAAGGGGAAGUUGUUGACUCUGACACAGAAGUUCCAAAAUUUGUUUGCGGAUACUGUCCACGUCGGUAUCAUACUAAACAAGAUCUGUUAGCUCAUGUAGAAGACCACAUGAAUGAAAUGGAGACUGAUGACCAAAAGCUAAAAUCAACUCCAAAAGACAGUAAAUUAUCAUCAAAUAAACUUCCACAAUCAGCUGCCAAUGCGGAUUCCAAGUAUAGCCAUCAUACUGGCGGUGAAAAAAGUUCAAUGGACAAGACAUCGCCUAAAUCUGUAACUGUUUCACUAAAAGGCAAUAAGGAGCAGCUCGGGGGUACAAAACAGAAAUUUAAAUGUGGUGAAUGUGGACAGAUAUUUCCGUCUAAACCAGCAUUAUUGGACCAUGUUCGUAUUCACACUGCGGAAAAGCCUUUUGAAUGUGACAUAUGCCACAAAUGCUUCAAGGAAAGAAACAUGCUCUCUGUUCAUCGAAAGACUCACAAUCAAGAUGGUCUGUUUCGAUGUCAGAUGUGUAGCAAGGCAUUUGCUCAUAAGUCUGACCUGGAUGUUCAUAUGCAGUCACAUCCAAAACGGUCAGGAAAUGGUUCUGUUACCAAAAAGCUAGUGCCACAUCCGAAGAGUGCAAAUAAACCAAAAAACCACUCUGAAAAGUUAGAGACUGAAAACAGUGUUGAGGCAGUCAAGCCCAAAUCGUUUGCAUUAGCUUUAAGUGGUGAAUCUGAGACACUUGUUUUAAAAAGAGGUGACUCAUCUUCAAGUAGUAAUAAGGCUGCCAGUAUGCAUUCAAAAGGGUCAGAAGCACAGGCUGUGUCUAAGGUGAAACCGACAGCUUCCAGUUCAUCUAGCAAGAUGAUAGAGAGUAGCAAAGUUGUGAUAAAAAGUGAUAGUACACCCAAGUCUUCUGGUGCAAGUGACAAGAGUUCUAGUAGUUUGAAAGAGAAAGCUGUAGAAACUGCCUCUAAUGUCUGUACAUGCAAGGAGUGCCCUGAGUGUGUGACUAGGUUCCUGCAGAGUUUUGAGUGAUUCCAACAGUUGUUAACUCUACUUGUGCUCUUGUGCUGUGAAAACAUUAUUGAUACGGAUGUUAUCAAGAGAGAGAUCACUAACUUAGAAAGAGUUCUAGUGUAUACAUAUGUUGUGUUUUACAUGUUAGACACGUUUCCUAGUGGCUUGUGGUCAUGCGUAAUGCAUUGCUCAAUUUCUUGUCAACGUACGAUACCAUUUUGUAAUUACUUGUUUAGUGUUUUACACUAGAAAUACAUAAGAAAACAUUGUUUUCUUUUAAUCAAAAAAAUAACACCUGGUAAAUCUUAAUUUUAAAUAGAUCAUGUUUGAGACCAGCACUUCGAAUAAGUGUAAAAAGAUAAUUUAUAGUAAUUACUGUAAUGUUUCAAAUUGUUGUCAAACUCAUGUCCAACAUGCCUUUGUUUUGCAUUUUCUUUUACAUCAGCAUACUGUUCUCUCUUUGCUGUAAGACCUGCUUUUAGUGAAAGCUCUGGUUUUGAUGUGCCAUAACUGGUGUACUGUUGGUAAGGAUGAGUUUAUAAUAUAAUUCAUAUAUAUGUGAAUCUCAGAAUUGAAAAUUCAUAUGACAAGUUUUGAGUUUGAAGUGUAAGGCCUACUUGUUAACAUUGUAAAGCGAUGAAAAGAAAAUUAUGUUUAUUUGGAAGUAAUCUGGGAGUCUUACUUUGUUAGAUGAAUUUUGGGGAAAUUGCGCUUUGGGUGGCCAAGAUGAGUCUGUUGUAAUAAAUUGGUAGCGGAAAGAACAUAGUAGAUUAAUGAGUGCCAGAAUGCUUCUCCAAUGGUUGUCCAAAAGAGGUAAAUAUUUGUGCUGGUUUAUAGGUUACUUUUUCUGCUAUAUUGUUUAAAUGUAUAUUAAGUUCCUCCUCUGAAAAUUCAUGCCUGACGAAUUUUAAUAUCACUGAGACAACAAAAAAACUGACUCUUUAAAGAUGAAAAUAUAUUAUUCUUUAUUGUGCUCUUUGAAGUGAUUCGUUGAAAACGACCAUUAAGUUUUAUCACAGUGGCAUCCUUUGCACAAAAACGGGAAGGGUUGGAGAAUAGCACUCAAAAAUUGAAAAGAUUAUAAUGUAACACCUAAGUCACACCAUUAAUUCUUAGUGCUCAUUUGUAGGUAAGUUUGUGUGAAUAGUAUUGACGAUGGCAACGCAAUCCUACUCAGCUGAGAGGUAUUAAAUGAGUUUAGUUAAUGGAUAAGGGCUGUGAAGAAGCUAUUGAAAGUGGUGCUAAUUCUGAUGACAAUUAAUCUAGUGAAAUCCAGGUAAAGUAGAGGGACAUUUUCACUCAGAUGAUAGUGACUAAAAUGAAUGUUAGACAUUGCUUUCUCAGUUAACUAUCUCACAAAGACACUCUGUACUGGUGUAUAUUUAGAACAUGUGAGAGGGUCUCAUUGGUGGGGGGGGGGGGGGGGGAAGGGGAGGAGGUUGUGCACAUAGCCGGUACAAACAAACAAUGAAAGGGUUUUAUAGAGAAAAAACUGAUAAGCUGUAGACUGAGACAGGAAUUUAUUUCACAUUUAAUCUUUAAGUAUCACUGUUCACUUGUAUGCCCUAGCAUAAAGCUUUUAGCUUAAAAGUUCCAAUAUUUUUAUUUACUUGGGCAGGGGACAUGGCUCUUUGCAAAUUGACAUGGCUGGGAAAGUGUUAAACUUUUAAAAAUUCCUUUUUAACUAAUUCACGCUGUGUAGUCUUAUCUUGCCUAGCAAGCGUUACCAGUGUACUUGUACAUGUGAAAUACAUUUUUGUGAUAUAGUUUAAGCAAUCAGUUGUGAAUACUCUAUACAGAAGUUUUCAGAAAAUCUUUUUUAUGGAUUGUGACUGCUAUGUCAGCAUAGGGUUUAUUUUUAAAGAACAUUUCUGUAUCUAUUCUAUUCAAUCCAGUGCUUCCACCCUUUACUUUUGUUCUGGAUAGGCUGAAAUUGUAAAAUCUUCCUGGGUCAGUUUUCUAAAUCAUUAAAGUCUCCAAGGGUAUGUGGAGCAGUCGUAUCUUAGAAGAGAGACCAAAAUGGCUUUGAAGGGAGAAUAGUGCUGAGUUGGAAGAAACAUAACAGAAGAAUUAACUCAUAUCAUUACUUUUAGGUUGCGUAGGCAGAUAAGACCCAAGUAAACUUGUGAGCAAAGGUUUCGGAAUAAAUGGUAUGUUCAUCAGAUAAGACCCAUCAACUUUUACAUGGGAAACACCACCACUUUUGUUAGUGAUAUAUGUAUAAAACUAUAAAAGUGUUGUCGAAAACUUUUAAAACUAUCAAACGCUAUUACCACUAUUAAAAAGGUUUCUAAUCCCAUCAUCAUUCAUCUCAAUUGCAUCAUCCUUGACAUAGAAAUCAUAUUUACACACGGAGUUUGUUCCCUAGGUCAGUACCCGUGGGUUUUUUGGUCUAUUUUCAUUUCUCAUAGAUAAGAUGCAGGGCAGCUUUAAAGCUCAGAUUUUUAGGCUCAAAGUUGCGUCAUAUAUGCAAUAGUAUCACUAGUAAAGAGGCUCAAGGAAUGUUGGCUGUUUUCAAAUGUCUACUAUGUAGGUACAGUUCUUUCACUAGGUUCUCUUUCAAUUUGAACUCUAUUAUGUGCAUAUUAGGGUACGUUUUCUUUGCCCUGCUGUCUAUAACCAAUCAGAGGAAUGUGAACUGGAGCUCUUCUUUCCCAGUUUAAAGGUAGAAUGAGGGGAAGCUGCGUUUAAAUUCGGAGCAAAUCAAGUUGUGUUACUGUACUUAAUGGAAGGUCGUGCUUCGAUAGCCAGUACAUAACAGGCAUUAGAGUUCAGUUUUAUGUGUCUACAAUAUGAAGUAUUCUUUGCUAUUCAAGCAGACCGGAUGUUUAGUCUAGAUAUACAAGCAAUAUCCAGUCUUUGAGGAGCUAUCAGAAAAUGUGGAACAGAUUUUAUUCUCUUGGUUGCCGCCUUGGCUCUUGGUAAACCUUGUCUUGUCAAGUGAUUUUUCCCCCUGUAGCUUUUCAUUCUGCAAUUAAAAACCUUUUAGGUUUCUUUUUCUUUCUGAGCGCCGCAAAACCCCGUACUAAACAAAAUUUUUCUGUCUGUUUCAUAAUUUUCUGCUGCUUCUAGUUGUCUGUCUGUUUUUUUCCUCGACCAUUUUUAUUCUUUUUUCUUUCAAAGGUCACAAUAUUCUGGACUUUCUGUUUUAGUGUUAUUUGCACAAUGACACGCUUCACUAGAUUUCUAAGCUCCAUACAGGUGAAUUGGCUGCAAGAGAGGUGCCGUGUCUCAAUGAUGGCCAGGUAAUUCCUGUUUCACCUUGUGCUGGGGGAUAAGAAUCAACCCAUGUUCUGUGUACCUGUUGCCAUUGUCCUUUAGGGGCUUUACUUGUUAUAAACAUAAUCAGAGGAAAUUUCCAUGUGACAAAAGGAUAGAGUGAUAAUAUUGAUGGUCUGUCUAUAAAAUAUAUUUUGAUGGCAAUUAUUUCCAUGUGAGUUUUCAGGUCAAUUCUGGUGUUAGUUUCUCCAAAUGAAACAUUUUUAGUAUUAAAAAUAACAUGUCAUUUGUCAUUAAUGACACUGUUUGCUUUUGGUCUGAGAAGCUUUUUCCUAGGACUCUAUGCCCGCGUGUCCACCAAACCUGAAACCGCACAACUAGUCGCCCGUCCUUCAGGAAGGCAGUAGUUGAAAUGGAGCAGGGAUUUUACCAUACCAAUCUGUCCCAGAACGGCAUGACACCUCCCAACUAAAGAUUAGUCAGUCGGAUUAGUUGGAAUGAUCCGCGCAGCAUUUUAGUCGGGCUGUGUGGUGACUUAUCAGCCAUAGGCUCAGCCUGAGCUUUUAAAAAAUCUAAUUUUCAAUUCGGAUUAAAAAUCUAAUGUUAUAUUCGUAAUCAGCUCUUCAAAAUUAUCAAAGUCUAGGCACCUACCACCUGGUUUGAAUGCAUAUUUGCUCACUGGUCAACCCUGAACCUUAAGCAAGGGGAAAUAACUCGUUUUUUGAAAAUCACACAAAUUUUUAAAAUUAAAUCUAAAUUCUAAAUAUGUAAACAUGCAUUAUUUCUGCUGAAACAAACACUAAAAUGUACAAAAAUGAAUAAAGUUUCAGAAAAUAUACUUUUCCAUUAUAGUUGGGGGGGGGAAAAUGAAGAAAUUUAAAGAAAACUUACUAGUUAAUAAUCCACGGAAUUGUCACUGUUUUUAAGUUUUCAUGGUACUUGACAUAGCAGUAACCUUUGUGGAGAUGCACCUGACAUAGAUGACAGUUCCAUAGCACAGUGAGAACACCUGCAGUUGCGACCAGGCAUAGAGCUCAGAUGAUGUUGACACUUGGCACGUUACUGCAUUCAGCCAAUGUCGGAGACAAUUUGUGUGGGAGACCAUCUACUUCAGCAAUUCCAUGCGAAACCUCAAGUGACUUUUAGUAAGGGAAUCACAAGCAGUGGGCCUGAUGCGAUGCAUAAAAAAAAAGCUGUUGAUGAUUGACACUUGCACGAGGUACCACAGAACGUAGAACCACCAUUUGACUCUGGUUCUCCCCGCAGGAUAAUAAGCCCUAUAUUGGUUGCUCAGGUGGACCCAAAACAUUCCUGAAUUGUACAUUUCCACUGGGGAGGGAAUAUGCAUGUUGACAAUGCUGUCUUUGCUCCUUUGCUUCUCAGUGGUCAUUGCAAGGUUUGUGUCCGUCAACAGGAUGUUCACCUGUCUCUUGUCUGUGUAGCUACAUUCACUCCCUUUUGCUUCAUAAGGGUAGUUCCCUUUUUCUGCUAUAUCUUGGGGAAUGGUCAAUCUUUCUUAAGGACUUUGAUCAUUGAGCAGCAGUAGGUAUUUUCUUGCAUAAGAUGCUCGGCCAGCACCGGGGAGGAGAAGAAGUUGUCAAAAGAACACUUCAUGGUUUUUUUAAAGCGGAUCGUAGUUUUCAGUUCCACAUGCUGACUGUUUGGGCCUGUCAUUUGUGUGGAAGUACUGAUGGGUUUUUUUUCAUAUCGUUGUCUUCCAAUCACAUCCGCAACUCUAGGGACACCCUACAAUGCACCUGAGGACCUGUAGAGCUUUGCUUCAGGAACUUUAUGCUGGUCAAACAUAAUGUUUACAUACAAAUAUCUCCAAAUGUCUCCCUCAUUCAUUUUCUUCCAAUAGGGAUCCUGUGACCCCUUCGCGGCCUCAUGUUGUUCGGCAUACCCGUUAGUUUCUUGCACAAACAGUUUGAUUAUCCUAUCAGAAAAUGAAAGAGCAGUCUAAAAUAAUUCAAAGGUAUGCUCUCCACCAGAUCAUGAAUUGGUCCCACAGCUUCAGUAAAAGCAUUCAUUCUACUGGUGACACACAACAGCUUUUCAGGCCAUUCCACAUUGUUGACAUCACCAGUGUCAUUUCUACUACAGAACUAGCAUCUCCUGAGCUAGAACUAGGCUCACCCGCAUUGUCAGAAUCAUCAUCGGACUGUUUUGCAUCCUCCAAAUCAAUGUCUGAUUCAUUUUCAUUCUCUUGAAUGUGAGUAUUUGUGUUAGCAAUAAGAAAAUCGAGAAACUGGAACGCCAUUCUUUUUCAAAACAUGGCUUCAUCCUGACUUGCAUGACUCGCAGAUUCAACUGCCGAUAGCUCAAAAACGAGAGGAGAUAAAAACUUCUCUUCUUUUUUUAAAAGAAUUCAGUAUGCUGAAAAUUUCAUAAUGGUUGUGGUGUUUUUGCAGAGAUACAGGUGUAGUACUGAUGUACCGCAUCUACUUUCUGGGGACAAGUGUUGUGCGCGCUGCGUGGAUGGAAAGUGUUGAAAGUCUCACAUUGAGAAAUGUCACCGUGUCUAUUAGAGUGCACCCAUAUGACCUUUUGCAGUUGCGAGUGCAGUAAAAUACUUCCAGAACAAAACGUGUCAUCAGAGCUGCUCACAUGCUGGUGGACACGCGGGCCGGUCAUUAACAGACUGAAUUGCCUCCUCCCACGAAAAAAUUGGGUGUUUCUGCUUUGGUGGACACGCGGCCUUACUCUUUCAAUUACAUACGGUACAUCAGUCCUAAAACUAGAGCAGUUAUCUGAAGAAGUAAAUCUUUUGUCGCCAUAAGCGCCUGAAGAAUUCCUCAUUUAUUUAGGCGUCAUUGCAUCUCUUCACAUGCCCUUGCAGUCUAGGACCAGUAUACUGAGCAGCCAUGUCCUUGCCUCAUCAAUUCUUUUCUAUAGAGCGAUGGUGUUCUCCAACAUAAAUCCUGAAACAAGAUUAUAGUCUUUCUUUUUUUGUAUGUAUAAAUGCCUCAAAACAGUUGUUAUGUGUAUGAAAUGCUUCAUUUGUGGUCCAUUGGACUUUGCCCAUAGGUUAGAGUAAUCAGUAUUGUUUGCAAUAUUUAUAAAGCGUUUGACUUCUGGCUGUUGUUUUGUUAACAGAGAUGUGAUUGAUUGGAGAUAUUUUUUCAAAGUUCAUCAAAUGUACCGCAGUUUUUGCCAAAAAAAUCUGGGCAGGUUCAGAUGCUUUUAGAAAGUAUGAAUUUUCAGCAAGUCAUAUUAUACUCAGUAUCAACAAAAUUCAUUGCCACUAAACUAUCAUUUACUUACAUUUUCGAGUGUUACGCUUUCUUUAAUAAUUUUCUUUUCACAGCAUAAUUGUCCUUUUGCAUAACAUGAGUUAUCACAUAGGUGGUGUACAUUGGUUUUUUUCUUUUAAGUUUGUUAAGUGUAUAUUUUGUUGCUUCAUAAUGUGUUACAUGUUAUCUGCUUUGGUUAUUAUUUGUUUAUAAAGAUCAUUAUGUUUUUCUUAACUUUAGUAGAGCUAUUUUACAUAUAUACAGUCAAGCACAGAUGACUCGAACACGCAAAACUUGAAUCCAUGGAUAGCUUGAACAAAAUGCCAUUCCCCGCUUGAACCACUUUUUAUUUUUUUUUUUUUUUUGUUGGAUUGGCAGCAAUGUUUUCUCUGAAAACCCACACAGAUCAUGGUCGAACAGCUCAUCUCAAAAAGCCCAAUCACUUUUUUUUUUUUUUUUUUUUUGGGGAGUUUAAAUUGCCUGCAUGCACAGUGGAAAACAAACACACCUACCAACAUCAAGAGUAUCGGGUUGCAUGAGACCACCAGGCUCCCCCCCACAAAGCGUGAUUCGCAUAUUACCUGUAGUAGUGUGCGUAAGGCACUAGAAUUUACUUUUUUGAAACUAGUCAUGUGAGGCUGGCUGCGGGGAGAUGAGGUGUGAUCUAAGAUAGACUGUGUGGCACUGCUUUGAGCCAUAUGAUGUAUGAAUUAUGUUUGUGUAUGUGCAUGUGUGAUUUGAACUUGACUUUAUGAAUCAGGAAAUAAUUACACAACUGAGAUGAGUAGCUUGCUUUGAGCACUGUUGGGUAGAUUGUCAUGACUGAUCUGAUGUAAAAGGAUUUUUUUUCCAUUUACCCUCAUCAGGCUCAUCAGCAUCACUCUCUUAUUUUUUUUCUUGCCUUAACUUUAACACUGAACAAGGGGCAUGCACUAUCGAUUCUCUAUCCUGUUAUCUGGGUACUUUUGAUGAUGGCAGUCAGUUAUUGAUUUUUGGACCAUUUAUAUCAUAUAUUAUUCUCUUUUUUCAUGAAUUACUGUCUACUCAAAUCACAAGUGUGUGGAACACAUUUGUCAACCCCCAAGGUAUUGGUCCGUGGUCAACUGUUUAAAGAAUGGAAUAUAAAUAUAUUGUCAGGUAUUUGCUAUGAAUGAAAUUAAUAUUUAUAUAAAUAGGUAAACUUAUGGAUAUUUCUACUGUAUCUUCAUGAAGAUAACACAGUUUCAUGGAAAAAUCUGUUAUCUCAUUUUAGAUUUACUUUUAAAAAAACCUACCUAUAUCUCUGCCGUAAGCUGACAAAAUGGCAUUUUUUUUCAUUUUUGGUGCCAAAUGUGUUAGUUUGCUUAAUCAAAAACCUGAUCAGUUACCCUGUAUGGCUCUUUUCGUCUGUGCAGAAGGUCAAUUUAGCUUAAAAUGAUCUCACGGUUGUCUUCAUCAUGCAGCUUCUUUCAUGGCUAAUUCUUCCUAUGUUUGAAGCACAGAUUCUGUUGCAGUGUUUGCAUAUGAGGGUGGUUGAACAAUGCUCUGGUUUUCAGCUGUUUUACUUUCAUCAUAGGUACUUCUCAGCCUGGUUAUUCCUGAGGGUGCUCUCUAGCACAAUGUCGCUCUUUAUCGUUCUCCAUGUUUUCCUGUCCUCUGCUAUUUUUCCCAGAUGCCGGCAUCUACUCCCAACUUAGAUGAGCUGUUUUUAUUUGUUGGUGUCUUUGUAUCUCAUUUUUGACCUUCCUCCUGAUCUCUUUCCCCGGACAAGUUCUCCGUAGAGAAGUUGCUUUGGAAUCUGGUUGUCGUCCAUUCUCUUGACAUGACCCAGCCAUCUCCAUCUACUUAAUGAAACACAGGAUAGUUUUCAUGCUGUAGAGGUUAUCCCAGGCCAAUACUUCAACAUCAGUGACCUUGUCCCGCCCCGAAAUGCCUGAGAUUUUGCCGCAGCAUCUGAGAUGGAAAAUGCGGAGGUUCUUUUCUUUCCUGCUGUACAAGGUCCAUGUUUCAGAUCCAUAAAGGAAUAUGCUGAGGACACAUGCCUCAUGAAUCUUGAUCUUUGUUUUUAUGGUUAAUCUUUCGUUUUCCCAUGCUCGUUUUAUCAGCUUUCCAAAAGUUGUUACGGCUUUCCCUAUCCUAAUGUUGUUAUCAUCACAUGAUGUAGUAGAGAUAAUGGUAGUGAUAGACUUCCUAGUUAAAUGUCCGUCUCUGAUAGGACCGAGCCAUGGGGGGGUUCGUGUUAAGUGCCUUUCCCAAUGAAGGACACAACGUCAGACCGAGCUGAGGUUCGAACCCCCGAACCCACAAUCUCACGAUUACGAGUCCGGUAGCCUAACCACUAGGCUGCCGUCUCCAAAGUGCUGUGAAUAGAAAAAAGGCAUUUUUGACAGCUUACAGCAGAUCUGUGUAAUGGUUAGGUUCUUUACGGCUACACAGAAGUGAGUUUGAUUCCCAGAUUGUGAAAUUAUUUUAUCUAUUAUUUUCAUCUGUCUGCUGGGAUGUUGUACGCCACUCAGCUCUGAUUGGCCUUGACAGUUAGGAUGGAGGCAGCGCACCGUGGAGAUGGUCUAAAUUGUGUUGAUUGGGCAUAAAACAUUAACAUUCACUUUCAUUGCCAGAUUCAAUAAACAUACAGUCUGUAAAACUAAAAUGUGGUGCACAAUAUACUCUCUUAAGACUAAAAGAUAUGUCUUUUGUAACUGUGGCAUUCCAGUAUAGAUUUUCCUGGGUCUUGGUCAUCUAGAUAUUGCACUUUUCUUACUGGGCAUGUACAGCUGAGGUUUUACCUUACUGUUGACUUAAAGUAGUGAAGACUCUAGGUGGUAUAAACUUGUAAUAAAAGGUAUUCUCUAUUUUAUUUGGUUGGUUUAUGCGUUUUUAUUUUGAAAAAAAAGAAAACAUUUGUACUUAUGAAAGUAAGAAGACUUUUUUAUGUGACGAUGGGGUAACAUACUUUUCUAGUCUACUGAGAAGUAUCCGACAUAUAGCAUUUGAUCAAUACAAAGUUAAUCAGUAAAAAGGGUAACAGUUGUUUUUGCCUCUCUUAGAAUGCUGAAUAAUAGUAAUAGUAGUAAUUGGCAUCUGGAGUCAUGGAUAACUCAGUUUAUCCUCAUCCUUUGGUUCCUGCAUCAACAUAACUUAAGGAUUAAUCAAUUUAGAAAUUAGGAGAAGUUACUGACCAUGUAGACCUAUAUCGACUCUCUGCAGUCUGUUGGAUUCACAAAUGUUUUUUGUAAAAGAGACUGAACUAUGAGUAUAGGAUGACAGGUUGUGUUGGGGUUUUUAAGGUCAGGUACAUUUAAAGAGCAUUUAAUUCCCUGGCAAGUUAAAGGCAUAGAAAGUUUUUGACUACAACAACAGCUUUUUUAGUUUGUUUUGCAUUUUAAAGCAUCACUAAUAUUUUGUUCCUUCUGUAACUCAAACGUGCGGAGAAUCAGCCGUUAGAGAAGGUUCGAGAGUAGGCCUACUACCUUCUAUAACAUAUUAAAAAGUAGGUCCUACCCUUUUCUCUCUAGUAUUUGCCAAGAAAUGUUGUGAAAGAAAUAGAUUUUAUCAUUUGAGCAAAAGCUUGUUUAAAUAAUGUUCCUUUUCUAAGGUGCUUACAUGUUUUUCUUGAGAUUCUUGCAAUUUGUUGCUCCCUUCCUACAUACUCAUGACUUUAUAAAGCUCUUAAAUUUGAUCUGAGUCUGUUUCUUACCUCCUCCAUCUUGCUGAAACAUAUGUGUGUACCUUGGACAUUUUGAGUGAAAUGAGAAUGUUUUGUGCCAUCGGGAUUUGUGGGCCCGUUCUGUUUUUGUUGCAUUCUGAGCUAGACAGUGUCAGCAAACAGUAUAAGAACAACAUUGUCUUUCACUUAUAAUAUUAUCACCAGUGUUUAUGUAAUGGUCUUCGUGUGCUCUCGUAUAAAAUGUACAUAUGUGACAUCAAACUUCAAAGAUAAAACGGCUUUGAUCAAUGCAAUAUUGUGUAAAUUCUAUCAUACCUUCUUUUUGUAUCUUUCAUUUACAUAUAUGCAUCCAUAAUCCAUGUUUGUUGGAACUCGCGUUUAAGGAUGUGUGAUGUGGUGGUUGUAGACUUCAGUGUAAAAAGUCCAGUGAACCCAGAUUCAACCCAGGUGUCCCCUGUGCUUUUAUCAGGCAGGUUUUGAGGUUUUAUUGCUCUGGCUUGGUUUCAGAAACAAAUGUUGAACCAUAGUUGUCACCUCUUAAUGUUCAUACUGUUUUGAAUUGAGUGUACAGUGGGCCGUGGAUAUAACAGGAAAAUCUGGGACUGAUGUGAUACUCCUGUUAUAGUUAUAGGCAGGGCUAAAUUUUACAUGAUACCCUGCAAUUAUUGAUUAACGCAUAUGGGGUUGUUUUGUUGCAUUGAUUACCCACUGACAUUUUAUGGGUGUUUUCCUUCCUUUUCCAGUUAUAACUUUUGCUUAUCUGUAUCUUUCUUUUUCUAGUAUCAUAGUCUCAUGGACAUUGACUAAACGUCAUUUGAGAUGCACAGGUAGCCUAUCAAUGAAAGUGAUAAUUUCAUUUGUUUAGUACAUACUCUGCUCUACAGCUCUGUCUGCUUUACAACUAUUCAUGAUCAAAUAGUUAUAACAGUUGGGAAAAGGGACACACAUAGCUGGUGUAGAUGAAGUGCCCAAUGUCUACUUUUUAUUCAGUCAUUUAUUUCAGUUAUAAGUCUAGCCACCCCUUGGGGAGAAAAUGUGAUGAUGUGAUGCCAGACCAAGGUCAUGGUAAGUUACUGACAGGAAGAUAUGCCUCAAUGCUAAAGUCCAAGCAAGCCUUCAAACUUGAGGAUUUAUUAUAAGCUUGUUUUAGCUGAAAUUCUAUUAUUACAGAGACUUAUAAUUGUGAGGCCCACUGUGGAACAUACCCACAAGAAAACGUGUGAUUAUUAUUUAGAACUUAAAGAUGAUUAAAGAAUUUGUUCUUGUCAUGGGCAGAUGUGCACUCUGCCAAGAACCUAGUCCAUGACUCAGAAAGACAUGGCUUGAGCCCCAACACCAGGGACAGUAGUUAGUGCAAAUUAAACAACUUCCAUAUAUGUGUGUUUGUGCUGGGAAUAUGAUUAAACACUUGUACUCUGAAUAAGUGGCACUGAUGUAUUUUGGUGUGGUACAGGUUGUUUCAUGUAGGCUACAUGUGUUAGUGUUAUGUUUUCAUAUUCAAUGAAAAUUGAAGUUAAAUGAGUAGGCUACUUUUAAUGCUGUGCCAAUAGAUAAAGUUUGAAUGAAGUAUGAAAGCUUAUCUGAAAAAAGUGAGAAGAAUAAUGUUAUGAAAUAAACUGCCAAAUUAAUAAUCUAAAGACCAACUGACAUCAUGAAAUUUCUAAAGCAGUGGUUCUUAACCUGGGUUGGAUGUUAUCCCAGGGGUUCGGUGAGUCUGUCUCUGAAGUUUGGCAGAGGUCUACAUACACUGUGUUUGUGUGCUUUCUGUUCACCCAACCCGAACGGUUCCAUGAAUGCAUGUAUAACAUUUGCGUGGUUCAGUAGCCCCAAUAAAGUGCAUAACCACUGUUCUAAACUAAAGAUAAAUAACUAACGAGUUCAUUCUGAUGUGUAAUUAUUGUGUGCAUGUAGGCCUACAACUGAAAACUGCAAUCUUCAGUUGUCCAAAAAUCUCUAGCUCUUACUUUUUUAUUUUUUGUUGAUUUAUUAUACAUGUAGCUCAUUUUUAAGCCUGGUUAAAAGUUGAAAGUCUGAACAGCUCUGUCCGUGUUCCCCAUAAACUUUAGCCCUUCUGGGCUUUGUACAAUUUGACAUUGGUGCGUGGUUUGCGAUUUUCUGUGACAUGUUGACAUUUCACAUUUUAUGUUAAAUUUAAAUCUCACUUCAAUAAAAGAGAACACUUUGGUUUGUGCAGCUUACAUUUGUCCCUGAGAUAUAAUUUUGCCAUCAUGCAAUUUGUUUCAUGUAUAACAUUAUUUUCUUAAUGAGUGUUUAAUGUAAUGUACAUCAACAUUCUGCCAUUUGAUUUUGAAUUUCAUUAUAGUCUAGCUCAUGUAGACAAUGAAUUUCGGUCAACUGUAUGUUUUGGCAUCUCGUUUUGGUGUUUGGGCUCAUCUGGAUGUGAGACUCGGACGUUGUAAAUGUUUGACAUCCAUUCUAGCCUUGGCAACCUGCAUUUAGUGGUCAUUCUUUAUGUCAUUGCAUUUUAUGCCCAUAAAGGCAGGACAGAGUCCAGGGCACAGAAGAUCAGUGUGCUCUUUUGAGAGCAGUAAAUAAUUAUGUAAUCAUUAUGGAAUUAAUAAAAGAGGAGAUAUAAAAUA